AUGCACAUGGAUGAUAUUCUUAGGAGAAAAGCAGAGAUCACAGCAUAUCUUGAUACUUUGGUGAAAACUCAUCGGAGAUAUUUGUUCGAUGUGCAAAAUUCAGAUAUGCUAGACCAGCUGCGUAAGGACGUAUACAUAUGCUUUAACGAUAUAUGCACUUUGAACACGAUGCUUACAUCUAGCGAUGGUGAAGGUAGUAUAAAACAAGAGCUGGAGCGUCUCACAAAGUAUUCCCGUAAAAUCGAGAAAUUGGAACAACAAUCAACUGUUGCAAGAGAUGCCUUAAAACGAUGGAACGAUGAAUCGGAGACAACGUCCCAGAUUUCACUUGAGGAAACCCAAGCUGGCGAAACGUACACGUUCAAAACAAAUUACCGACAGUUUUUGAAUCGAUACCUCGAUAAUGUAGGAAUAUCAAAUACCUCCGUCGCUGACGUCUCCAGAGACACUCCCGCAACAUCAAGACCAGAAAUCAGAAAUGAUGGUACUUCUGGAAGAAAGUCCUCAUUGCAGAAUAUAUCAUUGCUGCGAUCAGCAAGCUUACAAGCUCAGCAGGAAAUACAGCAGUUGAAGUCUGUUCUUGCUACUUUAUCAAAAGAUCAAGCGUUCAUCGAUCACGAAUUGCAGAACCAACAGAACGAAGUGCAAAGCGUGAAGGCCGCUUUCACUAAUGAUCUUGAGAAAAUCCAGCGCUCGCAAGAAAAACUGCUAUCCAAACUGAAUAUUGCCAACGGUAAAAAUUCAAAACAUAAGGAUAUCGCUCUCUUUGCGCGCUUUAGUACAGCUGGAGCCGAGAGCAACAACAAUAAUCUGAGUGAUAGACUUGCUUAUGCAAAAGAUUACGUGAAGGCCCGACAAGAAAUCUUAACCGCUGAUUUGAAAACGUACAAAGAAGAUCUACGGCGCGCUGAAUCUACACGGAGCUCGUGGGAUGAGUCGUUGGAACGAAUACGCUCAUUAGAAGAAUCGCUCAGGGCCAUGCUAAUUGAAGACCCUAAUACAUCGCCGCUGAAACUAUCGACUGAAAUAUCCACUGUAAUCAGUCAAUUGCAAGAUACAAACGCAUCAACGACCUCGGACACGCUCAAGAUGUGUCUGGGAAAUGAAAUUGAAAUUCUUAAACGCGCCAAUGAAGAGCUUUGGCCCAGCGCCGAAAAUGAUUUUGCCAAGGGACGUAUAGAGUCAAAUGGUGGUAUUACUAUCAGUGGAGCAUCUCCACCCAAAAUCGGAAUCAACAAAGAAAACAUCACUUUCUCUUCACGAUCUCCCUUCUCAUCCAAUAAAGCAAACGUCAGUGCUGAGAAGAUACAGAAAAAAGAAUGA